CCCGUCACAGCGGCGGGAGGGCGGGGAAAAGGGGCCUCGCCGCGGGAGGAGCUGCUCGGUGUCGGCAACAUGGCAGCGUCCAGCCGUGUCCAGGUGCUGCGGCUGUACCGCGCCCUGCUGCGCGAGAGCCAGCGCUUCAGCAGCUACAACUACAGAACAUACGCCAUCAGAAGGAUAAGAGAUGCCUUUAGAGAAAACAAGAACAUAGCAGAUUCUGAGAAAAUAGAAGAACUACUGAAUAAAGCCAAAGCAAACCUAGAGGUUAUUCAACGGCAGGUUACCAUUGGCCAGAUGUACUCCACAGAAAAAUUGGUCAUUGAGAGUCCAGGAAACACAUAGCCAAGGAAAGCCUCUGAUCCUGAAGCAAUACUGGACCAUCUUAAGCAUCUUACAGUGCUACAUACAGAAAUAUAAAUUCACUGCACAUGUCUGAGCUUGUCUGUUCAGCAGAAGAAAUGCCUGAGAGACUCAGUUUUUGGCAACCAAAGUGCUAUUUUCUAAUGGGUCACAUGUUCUAAGAUAAAUGGCUGUGAUUUAUAAUAGUAUGUAAGAUAGUCUUGAAAUCUGUUUGCCUGUAUGUCCCAUGUAAUGGAGUAGUUCCUGCCCUAUUUCAACAAUAAAACUUAAUUAAACUGCCUGUAACCAGAUACAUCAUUCUGCUGUUGGCCUUGUCUCCCACUGACCAUGAAAAACAUGUUAGAUUUAAAACCCCUCAAGAUUUAAAACCCCUCACCCAGUUAGUAAGUUUCUGUUGCAUUUUUAAAUAUCCAGCAUCUGAAUUAAAUGAGUAAAUAUGUAUGUUAUUUAAAGUAUUAAAACCAGAGAUGGUCAAAAUUUUUGUCUGCUGGACUUUGAUACUUACAAAUAUUUUAGGCUGCAUUGUAUGGUUUCCUUGAAGAGCAUCCCUUGACAUUUCAGGAGGUGACAUAAAAAUUUCACUAGUUCUUUCUUUAGUGUCCAAGAGUUAAUAACCAGUCUUGUCCUACUUUUAACAAUUAACUGAUCAGAAUAGCAGAAUGUAAGACUUGAAUUACUGAGGCUUGGGAGCUUUCAAAUGUUUUUUUCACCACCAAGUCUUUUCAUUUAUUGAGGUGCAGCUAUUAGCAGAAAUCUCCACAUCACUUUAUGAAAGAUUUCCCUUUUUCACAAACAUCAUGAAUUUUGGCAGAAGAGAAAGAACCUAACUGGAACAGUAACUCAAGUGCUGUAAGUUAUGAAGUGGCAACAAGCUUUGCCUAGAAAAAGUGGAACAGUCAGCAUAGCAUUUUAUUGGUUAUUCUUAAAGUCAUAGAAUGCUCAACAAUUUAAAGACCAUAGAGUAAUAAAAAAGCAAGCAAAAAUUUUGAUCAGGUUCUGCUAAGUCAUUGCUGUGCUUGAAUUUGUUUUCUGUUAGAAAUCUGUAGAAAAAUUAAGCAAUGCAAAGCUGGCAUACAGGGGGAAACAAGUUUCCUUUUAUUUCAGUGAAUUGUUGUGGGGUUUUUAAGUAGAGAAACAGAAGCUCCAGACUAGUUCCAUGGCACUGUGGACUUUGAAAUCCAACCCUUAUUUUUCUUGCUUCACAAAAUUCAUCUUUGUUUAUAUUCUUCUGUGUUAUUCAUGCUCUGUGAAAACAUUAUUAAAGCAGUGUGUCUAAUUAAAGUGUCUAAUUUAGAACAAACUCUCAUUCCUCACUGCAGUUUAAAGUGUAUUUUACCAUUUUGUACAGUUAGACUGAGAUGUAUAGUGAUGGAUUUCAUAUGGACAAUGCAGUGUACAGAAUAAAAUAGCGUGUACCUGA